AUGUGUUACGUUUUCCCAACUAAUACUCCACGGAACCCAAACAAUGCUGCUAAUGGUGAUUUCGUUGAAAGCUUCAAUGGUUUAAAAGCACCACAACCAUAUAUCGGUAAUAGAUUGGCCAUUGGUGAUGAUGGUGGUGGAUUACAACUUGUCGAAACUCCUGAGUUGAAAAUCACAUGUCCACAUUAUUCAGAAACUGAUCAUGAUCGUGCUUGUCUUGCUAGUUUUGCAUAUGAUGAAAAUUCUCAAUAUCCAUUUGCAGAAUAUAUCACUCAUUUUUACCAAUUUCAUGCGUUAUAUAAAGAGAAGCUAUCAAAUAGAAUUUCUUGGAGUGAUAUCUGUAUUAAUGCUUUUCAAAAACUAAACAGAUAUACUGAUGAUAUUGAACAGUUCAAAGCAGAUUACAAUUCAGUUACAGGUUUGAAUUCAGAAGAUGCUGGUAUUGGUGAAAAUCCAUUAUUAAACGAUUAUCAUUACCCUUGUAAUGUUGCUUUAAUCAAGGACGAACCAGCUAAUCCAAGAACAAAGGACUCAAUGGGAUUUUACUCACUUUUGUGUCCAUUCUGUACUCCAAUUUUCAACUGUCAAAAGAAGAACAUUAACACUUUUUUCGAUGUCGCCAACGGUGAUUAUGAGAGACAUUUGAGAGAACAUCAUGGUUUUUAUACAAAUGGUCAAAAAGCUCCACAACCAUAUAUUGGUGAUACAUUGAUCUUUAGAGAUGAUGGUAAUGGAUUACCAGUUAAUGAAAAACCUGAAUUGACAGUCACUUGUCCUUAUCAUUUAGAUUCUGAUCAUAGACAAGCAUGUCUUGCAAGUUUUUCAUUUAAUAAGGAUUCACAAGCUCCAUUCGCUGAAUAUUUCACUCAUUUCUAUCAAAGUCAUGUGUUACAUAAGGAAGAACCAUCAUGGACAGCACGUUAUAGAGCAAUGUAUUUUGCCAAUGGUGAUGGUUCUGGUGAAAAAUAUGAUACUAAUUAUUUCAUCCCACUUAACCCAGGUUUACAUAUGAUUGCAUACACAGAUGUAUUAGAAACCAUUGGCCAUAUACAACCAUUUGCUUUACCACCAUGGGAUGUUAUCCGAAAAUACAUGGAAAGAAGUCCAAAUCCAUCGUAUGUUCAUCCUUUUGUUUCUCAAGACCUUAUGGUUGAGAUUUAUGAAGAGCUUUUAUCAAUGAGUUUAACUUUACCAUUCCAAGAUUCUGAUGUUGAAUCAGAUUCUGAUGAAGAAGAAGUUUCACUCUGGGAUGAAACAGAAUUACCUGAGCUGGCUGAUGAAGAAGAAACUUUGGUUGAUGAAGAUGAAUUUGCAUUAAUUGAAGGUCCUUUAACUGGUACCUUAUCAGCUACCUUAUCACCAAUGUUUUCACCUUUCUUUCAAAGACCUCCAAUUGAACUUGCUCCUUUAAUACCAAUGUUCAGAAAUCUCAAUCAAAUGCAAGCUCCAAUGCCUGCUCCGAUGUUUGAACCUUUCAACCCAAUGCCAGCUCCAAUGCCCAUUCCAAUGUUUGGACCUUACAAUCCAAUGCCAGUUCCAUUACCAGCUCCAAUGCUUGGACCUUUCAAUCCAAUGCCAGUUCCAUUGCCAGCUCCAAUGCUUGGACCUUUCAAUCCAAUGCCAGUUCCAUUGCCAGCUCCAAUGCCAGCUCCAAUGUUUGGACCUUUCAAUCCAAUGCCAGUUCCAUUGCCAGCUCCAAUGCCAGCUCCAAUGUUUGCACCUUUUAAUCCAAUGAUGCCAAUGCCAGCUCCAAUGUUUGCACCUUUCAACCCAGCUCCAAUGUUUGCACCUUUUAAUCCAAUGAUGCCAAUGCCAGCUCCAAUGUUUGGGCCUCCUAUGCAAAAUGAUCCAUUUAUGAGACCAAAUUCUCCAAUAGAUCCACCAGCAGCUGAAAACAUUGUCAAUGAUCCUCCUGUUCCUGCUACUUCUUUUAAUACAGAUCUAGAAGAAAUUGAAAAAUCUGGAAAUAAAGAUGAAGAAGAAGUGUCACCAGAAAUCACAAUGGAUCAAAUCCAGUUGAUAUGGAAACAGGAGGAUCUUGAGGAAGAAAAAUGUUUUUCAGAGGAUAAUGAAUAUUAUGGAGUUGAAAUUCGUAAUCAUAGAAAAGGGAAAGAAAGAAAAAGCCAUAGAAAGUCCAGGAGAAUUGACAAAAGGUUUAAAGUGAAUUAA